AUGCCGCUGGCCAGCUCCAGCGCCCCGACCCUGAUGGGCAUCCCCAGCAACCUGGCCACAAUGGGCGCCUCCAGUGCCCCGGCAACGAUGGUCACCUCUAGCGCCCCGACCCUGACGGGCACCUCCCGCACGCCCACUCUACGGGAGCGCGCUCGGGCCCUGAUGCAGGACUUCCCGCUUGUGGACGGGCACAACGACCUGCCUUUGCUUCUGAGACAGUUUUUCCAGAACAAGCUGCAGAAUGUGAAUCUGUACAAUUUCAGCCUGGGUCAGACCAACCUGGACAGGCUUAGUGAUGGCCUUGUGGGUGCUCAGUUCUGGUCAGCCUACGUGCCAUGUGAGACCCAGGACCGGGAUGCUGUGCGCCUCACACUGGAGCAGAUUGACCUCAUUCGCCGCAUGUGUGCUGCCUAUUCUGAGCUGGAGCUUGUGACCACCGCAGAAGGUCUGAACAGUACUCAAAAGCUGGCCUGUCUUAUUGGUGUGGAGGGUGGUCACUCACUGGAUAGCAGCCUCUCUGUGCUUCGAAGUUUCUAUCUGCUGGGAGUACGCUACCUGAUGCUCACCUUCACCUGCAGCACACCCUGGGCGGAGAGUUCUACCAAAUUCAGACACCACUUGUAUACCAAUGUCAGCGGGUUGACAAACUUUGGUGAGAAAGUGGUGGAGGAAAUGAACCGUUUGGGAAUGAUGAUAGACUUGUCCUAUGCCUCGGACACCUUAGUGAGGCGGACCCUGGAGGUGUCACAGGCUCCUGUGAUCUUCUCCCACUCAGCUGCCAGAGCUGUGUGCAACAAUACAUUGAAUGUUCCUGAUGAUAUCCUGCAGCUUCUGAAGAAGAAUGGUGGCAUCGUGAUGGUGACACUGUCGAUGGGGAUUCUGCAGUGUGACCUGCUUAGCAACCUGUCAACUGUGGCAGAUCAUUUUGACCACAUCAGGGCGGUCAUUGGAUCCGAAUUCAUUGGGAUUGGUGGAAAUUAUGAUGGAUCUGGCCGGUUCCCUCAGGGGCUGGAAGAUGUGUCCACAUACCCAGUGCUGAUAGAGGAGUUGCUGCGCCGGGGCUGGAGUGAGGAAGAGCUUCAAGGAGUCCUUCGAGGAAAUCUGCUGCGGGUCUUCAGACAAGUGGAGCAGGUGAGAGAUGAAAGCAGUGGGAAGAGCCCUGUGGAGGCCCAGAUUCCAGACAGGCAGCUCAGCAGCACCUGCCACUCCCACCUCCAGCCUCCAUUGCCCAAUAAGCACCAGGGUUCGCACCUGAAGGUGACCAAGAGGCCAUUCAAUCAGGACCUCUGGAAAUCCUCCAAGUGCCCACCGGGCCCCAUGCCAGGCCUUGUGGCUGCUGUUAUCUCCCCAGUCCUCAUCCUCUGUCUCUGGUGA